AUGAUAUGCGGAAGACCCUUCAAAUACACCAACAGUCUCCGCAAACACAUGAAACAACAUUUCGGAUUUGCCUUAAAAAAACGUAAAAAACAGCCACCAAUCAGAGAACAGAAUCCUCCGCCAAUGACCGACCAGAUUUAUUGUCUGAACAGUCAACUUACACGUCACCCCUGCGGAUAUUGUGGGCGUAGUUUCAGUCGUCCGUCUUCCCUGGCUGUCCACGUGAGGAUCCACACAGGCGAAAGACCUUUUUCCUGCGAUGUCUGUCCUGCCAAGUUUGUGACCAAAUCGGCUCUGGUCGAACACCGAACUGUCCAUUCUGGGAGGGACGAGUCUUUAAAGUGCCCGUUUUGUGAUUCGACUUUCACACGCAAGUCGAGUCUCAGUCGCCACAAAACGUCAAUUCACGGAAUCGGGCUUCGGAGGAUCCGGCCUAGUCUGACUUGCCGUUUUUGUGGGAGAAAUUUCAACGUUCGCCAAAAUUUAGCACGACAUGAAAAAACUCACCAAAAAACCAAUUCGGAAAACUGGCUCCACUUCCCGACAGAAGGAAUCAAUUUGCAGGAAAGUGACCAAUUUGAAAACGGAGGACAGUCCGUGGUGUACCCCUCCUGUUUCUACCGACUGACCAACAGAAAAGGACAGAAAGGGGUGUUUCCUUAUAACUGUCAGUUUUGUGGAAAGGGGUUUGCGAGGGCGUCUAACUGGAGGAGACAUGUCAGUACUUUUCCAAGGAAACAAUACGAGUGUGGGACAUGUCAUUUGUUCUUUGCUCGAGCAGGUGCCUUGAGGAACCACGAACAGCGAGAUCACGUGUAUUGA